UUCCACACACGCACAUCAUCACCAUCGAAGCAUCUCCCUCUCUCUACCCAAACCCUCUCUCGCUGCCAACAGCCUACCCUCAUGUCCAGUCGGCGAAUCCCCAAAAACUAGCCGUUUUGCUCGCCGGACUAUGACGUGUCCUUGGCCCCGACUUCCAAACCAUAGAAGCGAGCAAUUGGAGCUCGUUACUUCCCCUCCUUAGUUUUAUGCAUUUUAAAAGAACCCUUAGCUGAGAGGCCGAAAGAGAUAUAUACAUAUACCUAUAUAUACACACACUAUGUACGUGGUUCCUCCACCUCAGAGAUCCGAUCCGGAAUCCGGAUCCACUGAUUUACGUAUUUACCAAGCUUGGAAAGGCAGCAAUAUAUUUUUCCUUCAGGGAAGGUUCAUAUUUGGACCUGAUGUAAGAUCGCUGGGAUUUACCAUAUUCCUUAUUGUUGCUCCAGUUGCAGUUUUCUGUGUCUUUGUUGCCAGAAAACUGAUGAAUGAUUUUUCACAUCACUUGGGAAUAUCUAUAAUGGUUGUUGCUGUUGUGUUCACAGUAUAUGUAUUAGUUCUUCUGCUGCUGACCUCUGGAAGAGAUCCUGGUAUAAUUCCACGCAAUGCGCACCCUCCAGAGCCUGAAGGCUUUGAUGGGAGUGUAGAAGUUGGGGCAGGCCAAACUCCACAGUUGCGUUUACCUCGCAUUAAGGAAGUAGAGGUUAAUGGGAUGGCUGUAAAGAUAAAAUACUGUGAUACCUGCAUGCUUUAUAGACCUCCUCGCUGCUCGCACUGCUCAAUUUGCAAUAAUUGUGUGGAGCGAUUUGACCACCACUGCCCAUGGGUUGGGCAGUGUAUUGGGCUGCGAAAUUAUCGAUUCUUCUUCAUGUUCGUCUUCUCAACGACCCUUCUUUGUGUAUAUGUCUUUGCAUUCUGCUGGGUUUACAUCAGAAGGAUCAUGGGAGGAGAGCAGACCACCAUCUGGAAAGCAAUGGUCAAAACACCGGCCUCCAUUGUGCUAAUAGUUUACACUUUCAUAUGCAUGUGGUUUGUUGGUGGCCUUACUGCCUUCCAUUUAUAUCUCAUCAGCACGAAUCAGACCACUUACGAAAAUUUCAGAUAUCGAUAUGAUCGACGAAGUAAUCCUUAUAACAAAGGUGUGGUGGAGAACAUCAAGGAAAUAUUUUACACGAGCAUUGCCCCAUCCAAGAACAAUUUCAGAGCAAAGGUGCCGAGAGAAACUGGGUUACCUGCUAGGUCAGUGGGUGGGGGUUUUAUGAGUCCAAACAUGGGGAAAGCUGUGGAGGACAUUGAAAUGGGCAGGAAAACUGUGUGGGGAGACAUGGGUGCCGGGGUAGAUCAUUGCGAAGGGCAACUUGGAAACAAUGAACGCGUGAACAUAAAGGAUGGUGAAUUAGGUGAAAUCUCUUCAGAUGUAAGGAUGAUGGUAGAGGACCCAGGGGAGCGUUCCGCAAUACAUCCCCGGCGAUCCAGUUGGGGAAGGAAAAGUGGAAGCUGGGAAAUGUCACCUGAAGUUCUUGCUUUGGCAGCUAGGGUUGGGGAACCAAAUCGUAAUGGUGGGAGUAGCAGCGGUGGCUUGACAACCGAGAACCGACAUUCAUAGUCAAUGAGAGAUGGAUCAACUGGACUUAAAAAAAUGAAAUUGAAUUUGAUUUGGUUGGUAUGGAGUGGGCUCAUUGAGGUUUUCGCGAUUGGUCACUGAACUCGUGCGUUAAGAUUAUGUGCGAUAUGGGGGAACUUCGCUAGAUUUGGGGGGGUGGGUUGGUCAACUCUGGUUUGUCCUUUGUGAUUUUAGGAAGGAAUGGUGUGUUGUUGGUGUGAGUGAGCUUUCCGUCAGUCAUGAUUUUGUAAUACAUUUGUGGAGUUAGUUAGCAGCUAAUCGUAUUGCAUUUGUGGAA